AUUUGUCAAUUUGUAAACCGAGAUACCACAUCUAGAAAAACAAGUAAAUUGCAAAGCUUUUUCAGCAAAGAUAAUUUGCUCAAAGACAGUUUACAAAGAAGAUGUCUACCAUUCAGGCAAGGUGGGUACCGAUUCAAUCUCCGGUGGAAGAUAAGGCGAUGAAACCACUUAACUAUGAGACGAAGAAACCACAUAACUAUGAGACCAUUCUCAGAGACGCAGAUCUUCCAAUCCCCCCUUCCACCGAACAACUACGUUCUGGUGUUCUCUUGAAAAAACUGAUCAAAUAUUGGGUGGACGACAGAAACAUCAAUUGCUUCAUGAUCUUUCCAAGGAAACUCUCUAUCACUUGGUCUGAUGACCCCAACUAUUGGACAUGGCUUCCCAACGACUCACCAAACGAGAAAGGUGUAGAAGCUGCGGAAUUGAAUAACGUGUGUUGGCUCGACAUCACGGGCAAAUUCGACACAAGUAAUCUCACUCCUGGGAUUACGUACGAGGUGGUCUUUAAGAUGAAGCUAGAGGAUCCUGCCUACGGAUGGGACACGCCGGUGAACGUAAAGCUAGUGUUGCCUAACGGUAAGGACAAACCACAAGAGAAAAAAGUGAGUUUAAGAGAACAACCGAGGUAUCAAUGGGUCGAUAUUAAAGUCGGAGAGUUCAAGCAUGAGAGAGAUUCCGUCGGAGAGAUCAUCUUCUCAAUGUAUGAGCAUGCGGCUGGUGUUUGGAAGAAAGGGCUCUUCCUCAAAGGUGUUGCUAUUCGUCCCAAGUACAAUAAUUAAUAUGGGAUAUAAAAACAUUUGAAGAUCCAUAUACACCAGUGGAUAUUUUUUAUUUAUAUUUCACAUCAUAUAUACCAUAUAUAUAUGAGGAACGUCUGUGUGUAUAUAUAAUAAGGUUGAUCUAUCGUUUUAUUACUUUAAAUAACAACUUUGAUGUUGGUGUUGAAUAAAACCAAAACCGAAAUUUGGUGUUGUAAUGUUCUAAGUUUUAAAUUCAAGUUUGAGUGCAUGUA